CGCCACAAUGCCAGGAGUCACCGAGCCUCUCCGUCCAAACGUCACAAUCCCACAAUCCACAUCUCGACGAAAGCCAGCACCCACCGGCGAUGAAGAAGCCACCGGCAACUUGAGGCUCGGAGACUGCGCCAACGAGCAAGCGCUCUCACCCGCCGAAGUCAUGCUCAUGUUGGAACAGCUCGAGCGCCAGCCAGGCAACACGCACGAUCCCACCAACGACAUCUACUACAAGACGCGGGAAUACUGCAAGCACUUUGCGCGGUUCAAGGACAACAACAGCAUCACGCAGGUCAACGGUAUCAGCACGGAGUUGACUUCGCGCGGAUUGGGGAUUGUGGAGUUUGAGAGGGCACAGCUGGCGACUUUGUGCUGUGAUACGGCCGAAGAGGCUCGCACGCUUGUUCCGUCGCUCGAGGGCAAGAUUGGAGACGAGGAACUACAGGCUGCCUUGGACGAUAUCUCCAAGCUGCGAGACUUUACUGCUUGAGCUACGAGGUGAUUCGAUGACAUUGCUGGGUUUGACACAUUAGCGAGGCGUUGGGGACAUCGAGGCAGCAUCCAACACGAAGGGCGAGCAUGUAUUUGCGUGUGGAAAAGCAGUCACACACAUGGGCUUUCUCGACGUGCGCAUCAGCGAGUGCAUC